CCCACAGGGUGCCCAGGAUGGGAGACUUGGCCAGGCUUCUGCUGAGAUCCACUCUGCUGGGAUUGCUACUCACGUCUGCCCCAGGGGCUCUGGGUGCCAACCCUGGUCUGGUGGCCAGGAUCACAGACAAGGGCUUGGAGUACGCGGCCAGGGAGGGGCUGCUGGCUCUGCAGAGGAAGCUCCAGGACAUCAAGCUGCCUGAGUUCUCCGGGGACUUCAGGAUCAAACACAUCGGGCGUGGGAACUACGAGUUCCACAGUCUGCAAAUCAACGCGUGCGAGCUGCUCGGUGCCACCCUGAGCCCUGUCCCCGGCCACGGCCUGAGUCUCGCCAUCUCCAAUUCCUACGUCCGCGUGCAGGGCGCCUGGAAAGUGCGCAAGUCGUUCCUGAGGCUGAAAAACUCCUUUGAGCUGCAUGUCAAUGGCAUCACCAUUGCAGUCAACCUCCUGCUGGGCAGCGAGCCCUCCGGGAGGGCCACAGUAACCACCUCCAGCUGCAGCAGCCACAUCCGCGAUGUGGAGGUGGACAUAAACGGGGACCUGGGGUGGCUGCUGAGUCUCUUCCACAACCAGAUAGAGAACAAGCUGCGCCGAGUGCUGGAGAAGGAGAUUUGCGAACGUAUCAAGGAAGCAGUGACCUCUGACCUCCAGCCUUAUCUCCAAACACUGCCAGUCACAGCAGAGAUCGACAGUUUCGUUGGCAUCGAUUACAGCUUAAUGGAGCCCCCUCGGGCCACAGCCCGGACUCUGGAGGUGAUGUUCAAGGGGGAGAUUUUUCAUCUGAGUCACCGCUCCCCAGUGGAUGUCCUUGUCCCAGCCAUGAGCCUCCCCGAGACGCACAGCCAGAUGGUCUACUUCGCCAUCUCCGAUUACGUCUUUAACACAGCCAGCAUGGUUUAUCACAAGUUGGGGUACGCCAACUUCUCCAUCACGGAUGACAUGAUUCCAUCAGACUCCCAUAUCCGGCUGACCACCAAGUCCUUCCGCGCCAUCGUGCCCCGGAUAGCCAAGCUCUACCCCAACAUGAACUUAGAGCUCCAGGGGUCAGUGGUCUCUGCCCCUGUCCUGACCCUCAGCCCUGAGAACCUGUACAUGGCACCCCAGAUGGAGAUCGAGGCCUUUGUGGUCCUGCCCAGCUCUGUCAGAGAGCUUGUCUUCCGGCUUGGUGUGGCCACUAACGUGUCAGCCACACUGACCUUCAACACCAGUAAGAUCACUGGGUCCCUGAAGCCAGAAAAGCUGCAAGUGGAGCUGAGAGAAUCCAAGGUCGGCGGAUUCAACGUGGAGCUGUUGGAAGCGCUCCUCAACUACUACCUUCUGAACAACCUGUAUCCCAAAGUCAAUGAGAAGCUGGCCCAUGGCCUCCCCCUCCCGCUGCUGAGGCACAUCCAGCUCCACGACCUGGCUCUCCAGAUCCACCAGAACUUCCUGUUCUUGGGUGCCAACAUCCAGUACAUGCGAACAUGAGGACUGGAGAAGGAUGGGGCUUGGAGUCGCAGGUGGACCUGCAGCUUGCUUCCCCAGAAGUACGGUUGAUCCUUGGAGAAGCUAGCAGGGCGCUGGCAUUGCUGGUCCUUCAGGCUCCGGGGGCUGUCUGGCCUCCACCACCCAGCUUCCUCACACCUUCCCUUCCCCGGGGCAUUCGAGCCCUCCUCAGGACUCAAGCCUGCUUCCCUCCAGGGUGAGCCUCUGCCCCGUGGGCCUGUGCUGUCUUUAGGGAGCAGGCACCAGAUUUUUCUAUUCCCAUGCUUGGAAUGGUGCUGGCCCUGAGCAGGUCCUGGUAGAUGCUGAUUGAGGGACUUGCUGAACGCCUCUCUUGGUGUUGUGGCUGAGCCUCCUUACUGCCCACCCUCUUCUUGUCCUUGGGGUCAGCCCCACCUGUGGUGUCCAAAGCUGGACCAUCACCACACUCCCCAUUCUCAUUGGCCACUAAUGCUGCUGAGGCCCCAGCAGAAGAUAGAGGGUUCCCCAUACCACCCAGGCCUGGACCUGCUGCUGUGCCCUGUGCCCUGUCCAAAGACUCGCUUCCACACCCAGAGCCUCUCUCACACCUGUCCUGUGGCCAGCAGAGGAGCCCAGGGGUGUCCCAGAGCAAAGAUUCCAGCCUGUUGCUUUCCCUGCUGAAGCAGGUGUCAAACGGGAGGCAAUGGAUCUGGUGAGGGCUUUGGCCCAGUCGUCUAUGCCACGCUCUCCAACUGCUCCCUGUUGGUGGUCCCCCCGGUUUGGUGUCAGCCUGCUGACAGCCGAGACUUCGAGCCGACUUGGGAGUUGCUUUCCCUUCUAGAUCCGGGUCCCUAGGGACAUUCGGGGACGAGAGCUCGCUUGAUAGAGCUUCCCCCAUGCUAAUGAGCAGCUAGCUAAUGAUCCAGGGUUAGCAGACAACUUAUGGAGAGGAGACGCAGUUUCCCCAAGUGCGACAGCCAUGCUCCAUAUAUCUUCAUCUGUAUUAAUAUUUAUGUAUCCAUAUAUAUAAAUGCUCCUACAGUUGUGCUGCAUAUAUAUAUUCUCUGCAUAUUUUUAAGAAGUACAAGUUAGGUUGCCAGCAAAUGCUCAUUCCAGAACACCGUAGGACAUACCAGGGGCUUUGUGAAGACUCGGGCAGUAUGGCACAAUGAGUUCCACCAGCAUUUCAUAUUGUGGUGCUCACACUCAAGUCCCACUGCCCUGCUUCCCAUCCAGCUUCCUGCUCACGCGCCUGGGAGGCCGCAGAGGCUGGCCCAAGUGCUUGGCUCCCUGUCACCCACAUGAGAGCCCUGUGUGGAAUUCCUGGCUCCUGGCUUCAGCCUGGUCUUAGCCUUACUGUUGUGGGCAUCUGGACAAUAAACCAGUGGAUGGAAAGUCAAUC